AUGUUCCCCGCCGCUUCCAGAAGAAUAGUGCUCAAUGCUUCGAGAUUACCAUUGAGAUUGUGUAAUAGAACUUUGACGACCACAAGAGUAUCCUACAACGUCAUACAGGACUUGUACUUGAGGGAACUGAAGGAAACUAAGCUGGCUCCCAGCUCUUUGCAAGAUGCCGAGGGUAACGUCAAGCCUUGGAGCCCACCAAAGAAGCCAACCUUACCAGAAUUGGAACUUCAAGGCCCAGACGCCCUAAAGGCAUACGCCGAUCAAAACGUAGAAACCGCCAACGACACCAAGAGCUCUGUGGAGGGCGAAGCCGAACCAAUUGAAGAGGACUGGUUGGUCUUGGACGACGUCGAGGAAGCAAAAGAAAGCCAUUGA